UUGUUCAAUAAAUUUCUUUUUAGCAUCAAAAAGGAACUUGGCUCUUGUUAUCGUGUGAACCGGAAGGCCAGUGAACUUUUCAAGGUACGUCGGACCCAGAGGGAACAGUUUUCAUGCAACUACUCUUUCUCGGGACUGCAUGGCAGAGAACUGUUGUUCCGAAAAGCUGAGGCGGAACCGACCAUUCACCAUCCUCUUAGUGUCUUCAACAUACAACUUUGGCCUGCCGCAAAAAUGAGACGGAUUCGUCCUGAAUUCUUCAGGCAAGAUGGCCGAGAUCUUUGGGUAUUCGAUAUGGCUGCUGCCAGAAAUGGACUGAAUGAUGAUUUGUCCGUGUUGUACGAAACGGUAGUCAAAACACCUUACCUGUCUCAUUUCACACAAGACGAUGCUGAGGCUCUGAUGCAGGUUUGUUCCUCAAACUGUUUCGAACGAAAAAAGUUUUGGAAGAAUUCUAGUUUUGCUGCCGGUUUCAAGGCAACUAAAAACACCAUUCGUGUGCGUUGCUUAUGGACAGGAAUUUCAACGCUAUAUUGA